AACAGGGAGAACACCCACAAUGCAGCGCGCCCAGCAGCACCUGACAGGCAAAGAUGGCGGCGCUCUUCACACGACUAUUUUCCUGAACUUUUGUACUUUGUUCUUUUGGCGCAAACACAUUCCUGCUCCUUUAAACGUGCCUUCGUGUUGACAGACGUCUGCAACUUAGAACAGCAGCUCGUCUUGCUUGUUCGUGUCGUUGGCUGUCGUUGUUCACCGCAGUGUUUCCUGUCAGCUAGCUAUCUGCGGUAACGGAGAGGAGGCUCAACUGACGGAGGAUCGGAGACGCUAGAUAUUCCUCUGGUUCCGAUAUGAAGGAGUCUCUGUCGCUGGUCCAGAGGCUCAGCGCUCAUCCGGACUCUCGGUGCUGGUUCGUCAGCUGGAGCCCAAACGGGACGCUGCUGGCUUCAUGUGGGGGCGACAAGGCCGUCCGGAUAUGGGGGAGAGAAGGUGACUCCUGGAUCUGUAAGAAUGUGCUUCAGGAUGGACACCAGCGCACCGUGAGGAAAGUGGCGUGGUCUCCCUGUGGGAACUACCUGGCCUCUGCCAGCUUUGAUGCAACCACAUGCAUCUGGAAAAAGAAGAACGACGACUUUGAGAGCUUGACUGUGUUGGAAGGACAUGAAAAUGAGGUCAAAUGUGUGGCAUGGGCCCCCUCAGGGAAUCUGUUAGCCACAUGUAGCCGAGACAAGAGUGUCUGGGUCUGGGAAGUGGACGAAGAAGACGAGUAUGAAUGUGUUACAGUGGUGAACUCUCACACACAAGAUGUCAAGCAUGUUGUGUGGCACCCAAACCAGGAGCUCUUGGCUUCAGCCAGCUACGACAACAACAUCUGUAUCUACAAGGAAGAGGAUGAUGACUGGGAGUGCCGCGCCACUUUGCACGGACACACAUCCACGGUCUGGAGUUUGUGUUUCGAUGCGACGGGGCAGAGGCUGGCCUCCUGCAGCGAUGAUCGCACCGUGAAGAUUUGGAAAGAGUAUCCGAACGAAAGUGGACAGGGAGACUUAUCGUGGAAGUGUGUUUGCACUCUGUCUGGCUUCCAUGGACGAACAGUGUAUGACAUUGCCUGGUGUCGUCUGACCGGUGCUCUGGUAACUGCCUGCGGUGACGACGGAGUGCGAGUGUUUAAAGAGGAUGAGACGGCCAGUCCAGAUGAGCCGGUGUUCUCGCUGGCUGCUCAGGUGACCAAAGCUCACAGCCAGGAUGUUAACUGUGUCGCCUGGAACCCAAAGGAGGCAGGACUCCUGGCCUCCUGCAGCGACGAUGGAGAGAUCGCCAUAUGGAGGUUCCAAGAAGAGAACUGAAUCAGCAGGACUGCUCUCCUGUUGAGCCCAUUUUCCUUAUUGCAAGUCACACUGGCAAUUUUACAGCUUAUUUGAUAGCUCAGAAGGAUCCUGCCUAAUGUUACAUGUUUCUGUGCUCAUGUUAAUGCUUCAGUUCAUUUCCCUUUGUAACAGCUCAAUUGAGAAUUUCUGGAUAUUACAUAUAAGUUUAUACAAAUAAAUAUGAAAGAAAAUUAAAAA